UCGGCCAACCGCGCCAUUAGAUUCUACGCUGUUUUCAUGGGGUGUAUGCUGGAAUAGUUACGUAUCGGAGAAAUUUAGAGAGUUCUUCCUUCUGAUCGUUGCGUGAAUGUUCACAAGACGUGAAUAUUAAUGCGUCAUAUACCAGUUCGUGACUUUACACUCAGAAAUGUGGUUCCCAGAACCCAACGCACUAAGCCUGCGCAGCGAUGUCUGAACAGGCACAGCUCAACUUUAAUAUCCCCAAGAUCAAGAGGCAGUUGUCUAAAGACAACUUGAGGAAUGUCACCCUCACUAGUCGUGAUGCAACCGAGUUGCUGCAGGCCAUUGACCGGUGUUACCUUGACCAGGAGGUUCGAGGUCAAUGGGAGGUCAAGGCCAUACAAACCUUUGACAAUCGGGAAUUAGAGAAGGAAUACAGAGAAAAGCGUGCAGAGCUGAAGGAGUCAGGGCGCCAUGCCCGGGAAUUGACGGAACAGUAUGCCUUCGUCUACUUCAGGGAACCAUCUGGCAUUGUGCCAAGCAUAGCCAAAAAUGGACUGCGAGCAAAACCCAGCAACUUUAAUUGGCUUGGUGACAAUACAAGUGGAGUGUAUGUAUGUAAACAUCCUGAUGUCCAGCUGAAGCUUGCAGAACUCAGGGAGGAAAAGCUAGCAUGUGUUUGUGUAUUCAAGGUGACUCCCGGUCGAUGCAAGGCACAACAGAUCACAACCUCAUCGGAGCUUCUAGUGGAACCCACCCCCAACUAUGACUGUCACGUGUCAGUCAGUGCUGCUCAGUCCCACUCCACUCACACAGUCCAGCUACAGAGGUCACAGAUUUACCUGUAUGAAUACACGGAUGAAGCUCUGCCAUCUACCAGGCCUCGUCACUGUCUGCCGUAUGCAUUGCUGCAGUAUGAGAGGAAGGAGACUUCAGGUGCUGCCUAUGGACAGCCUGGCCGGAGUUCAUAUGGCACGAAAUCAACAGGAAGUGAGUACUGGAAGUCCUCCCAGGGUGCAUCUGGCCACAAGUGGAAGUCCCGCGGUGACUUGAACGUGGUUCCCAGAAGAAGCAGCUAUGACUCGGUGGCUACCUAUGGACGACAAGACUCAGGGUUUGGUCCUUUGUCAUCUCCCCCUGUGCCAGUAGGCAAUGCAGGGUACAAGAUCCAGUCUGUGCGAGAGGACCCACGUAUAGCCAGGAGGAGGAACACAUCUGAUGUGGCUGAGGCUACAAGUGAUCCAAGGCUAGCUGAUCCUCGAGUUCCUCCUAGUGACCCAAGGUUAACACCAGCAGAUCCACGGAUAAUGCCUGUGGAUCCUCGUUUAAUUUCAAGUGAUCCCCGCCUUGCUCACUCUGAUCCAAGGAUCAAUUUAAAUGAUCCUCGUCACAGAAGCAUUGAAAUACCCUCAGGUCAGCAUGGUGAUGCCAUGUUCAGUCAGUUCCCAUCAGAGCAGAAGACAAUCAGUCCUCAAAUGAAGUCAAUGAUAAAAAACAGUGGAACAGCUCUGGGGAACAACUGGUCAGGAUGA